ACAAGAAUGACGCUUCCCAUUGUGGCUGAUGUUGCAAGUUCGCCUUAAUGAACGCAGUGUUUGGAGCCAUCCCCAUCCUGUUCAGGCACCCGUCCGUCUACGGCCUGUCCCGGAUCACCAGCAGCCUGUACAUCAGCAAUGGAGAGGCUGCCAACAACAAGCUGUUCCUCUACGGCAACCAAAUCACCACUGUCAUUAAUGUGUCGGUGGAGGUGGUCAACACCUAUUUCCCAGACAUUUACUACAUACACGUCCCCGUAACAGAUUGUCCCACGUCCCCCCUUUACGACUUCUUCGACCCUGUGGCUGACAAGAUCCACUCGGUGGAAUUAAACCAAGGCAGGACGCUGGUGCACUGCGUGGCUGGUGUGAGCCGUUCUGCGGCCCUGUGCAUCGCCUACCUGAUGAAAUACCACUCCAUGUCCCUGGUCAACGCGCACACGUGGGUCAGAUCCUGCCGCCCCAUCAUCCGGCCCAACAAUGGCUUCUGGCAGCAGCUCAUCCAGUAUGAGCAGAAACUCUUUGGGAACACCAGCGUCAAGAUGGUCCAGUCUCCGCUGGGGGUGAUUCCAGACCUCUACGAACACGAAAUCAGAGUCAUGAUUGCCCUGUGACCACCGCGGGGUGGCUGCUUUCCAGGCAGGAGGCACAUUUGGAGCAAAAUGAACGUCACCACUAUCUUUAGUAAGUCUGAGAUUUGUCAAACCCAGCACAGCGUGGAGCCUCGCAAGCAACCAGGAUUUGUUGGUAAGGGGAUGGC